AAAAAAUUGAGCCCUAAUUGUCGAAGACUUGUUAUCUUCGUCUCUCUCGUAAUCUCUAUCUCUUGGUGGGGCGACGUCAAGAGCGCUUGGAAUCGAAUGAUACUCCGGCGUCGAUCUCUUCUUCUCCGACUCUACUCCGGCGUGAAUCUCUUCGUCUCCGGCUAAUCUCUUCUUCUCCGACUCUUGCUCGGUUCGUCUACGGCCUAUGAUUUUUAACGGUGAUGGUUCUGAUGAGUCAAAGAAGACAUGGUGGUUGAAUAGGCUUAUGCGUCAACGGAAGAAGAUAACACAUGAUUGGCCAUAUACCCUUUUGAAGAAGGGAAGCUCUUUGUUCUUACCCUUAGAGCUGGAAUGGUAGGUUACCACAUCAGCGUUAAUGGAAGACAUAUCACAUCUUUCCCUUACAGAACACGGUUUGUUCUAGAGAAUGCUACUGGACUAGCAGUCAAGGGGAAGAUGAUUUGCAUUCUAGAUGAUGCGACUGGACAAACGCCGCAAAAGCAUUUCGAGAUGCAGACCAUGUGGAAAGCUCCUGCGUUACCUGGGAAGACUGUGAAGCUCUUCAUCGGUGUUCUCUCUGCUGGUAACCUUUUUUACAGAGAGAAUGGCUGUGAGGAAGUCAUGGAUGCAGCAGAAACUUGUCAGAUCAUCUAAAGUUGUUACCUGAUUUUUGAGGCAUUACAUACAAGAAAGAAAGUCAAUGUGGAUCUAAAGAAAGAAGUUGAGUACUUGGUGGUAUUGUCAUAGUACCGUACAUGGAUCACUAUGACGGGAAAUGGGCUGUGACAUAUGAGUUGUUCAAGAUGGAAGAUGUGAGCAAGGGAAUGGGGGUGGAGAAGUUCAACGACUAGACCAGUGGAGGUGGUUCACAGCCUCAGGUUCUGCCAGUUUGGAUGCAUAGAAGACUACUCCACCACUCGUUACCAGUCGCCACGGCAGAUGAUUUGCAUGUGGGAUAAGCUACUGGACUUGGGACGUCUCAUUGCUGCAAAUAUGAGAUGACAUAAUAUUGUUUUUGGCCGUGAUUCUGGAAUUUUUCUUUAGAAAGCAGAUGGGAGUUUAUGGAGUUGGCUAUUUUAGAUUUAUGUAUAUAUGGAUCGUUCUAUAAUGUAUCUAUAUAUGUAAUCAUAUAUAUAUAAUGAAAGGCUCUUGAAAGUUGACGGAGAAGUCAAGUAGUUCUUUUCGUAGUUCUUGCAAAACAGUAUAAUCAAGUGGUUAGUAUGUUCUAUAUCUCAAUUCCAAUCAAG